CGUCUCGCCGUGCUCCUCUCCUCCUCGCUCACUCCACCACCCCCACCUCCACCUCUCUCUCUCUGACUCUCUCUCUCUCUCCAUUGCCCAGCGCCCCCUCAUCCGCUUCUCGAUCCCAUCACCCUUCUCGCGGUAGCAAGUAAGCAAAUGGCGACGCGCGGGGACGUGGAGAAGGGCGCCGUGCGGAAGGAGGCCGGCAAGGUGCCGUCGUCGCUGUACCCGCAGCACGAGGGGGAGCGGGAGUGGGUGCCGUGGAUCGUCCCCGUCUUCUUCGUCGCCAACAUCACCGUCUUCGUCGUCACCAUGUACGCCAACAACUGCCCCGUCCACACCCCGGCCAAGGACGGCAAGUGCAUCGGCCGAUUCCUCGGCCGCUUCGCCUUCGAGCCGCUGCGACAGAACCCGCUCCUCGGACCCUCAUCCGCCACGCUCACCAAGCUUGGGGCCCUCGUGUGGCAGAAGGUGGUGCACGAGCACCAGGGCUGGCGCCUCCUUUCCAGCAUGUGGCUGCACGCCGGCGUCGUGCACCUGGUGGCCAACAUGCUCAGCCUCCUCUUCAUCGGCAUGCGCCUCGAACAGCAGUUCGGAUACGUGAGGAUCGGGGUGGUGUACCUCCUGUCCGGCCUCGGCGGCAGCGUGCUGUCGUCCCUGUUCAUCAGGAACAGCAUCUCCGUGGGCGCCUCCGGUGCUCUCUUCGGCCUCCUGGGCGCCAUGCUCUCUGAGCUCCUGACCAACUGGACCAUCUACACCAACAAGGUGGCCGCCGUGCUGACCCUCCUGUUCGUGGUGGCGGUGAACCUGGUGCUGGGCAUCCUCCCGCACGUCAACAACUUCGCCCACAUCGGCGGCUUCCUCACGGGGUUCCUCCUGGGGUUCGUGGUGCUGAUGCGCCCGCACUUCGCCUGGAUGGAGCGCUACAGCAUGCCCGCCGGCAGCGCCUGCACAUCCAAGAAGUACCUCCUCUACCAGUGGAUCCUCAUGGCCGUCGCCCUCGUCCUCCUCGUCAUCGGAUUCGCGGUGGGCAUGGCGAUGCUCUUCCGCGGCGCCAACGCCAACGACAGCUGCUCCUGGUGCCGCUACCUCAGCUGCGUGCCCACCUCGAGCUGGAAGUGCACCAACUGAUGAUCGAACACCACAAGACAAUCCAGAGAGAGAUCGAAUUAUUCCAACAAAAUUUUCUUCGUACAUCCAGCGUUACACAUGUAUACACACGUAUUCCUUCCGGGCACUGUAGAUAGAUAGCGUAAAAGGGAAAGGAGGCACUCACUCUUGAUGGGCUGUGAACUGUAGAGUCUUGUUGAGAUCUUAUCUCUUGUUCGUUUGAUUCAUUCUUUACAUGAUGCAAUACAAUUAUUGAGGUUUGGAAUCUCUCA